AUGAACCAACGAAGAAGAAUGUUGUGAACAAGGAAGUCAAUAUUUUACGGGAAGCCAGCGUAAGCUUCCUUUUGUUUUGUUUUGUCUUUGUUUUUCUGUACCACGUUGAUGGGAUUUUUUCGUCGAGGGAUUUAGCUAGAUUAGUAAUUGGUUAAAUUGUAUCUUUAUUUUUUUCUAUUAAGUUUACUUUUAUGACAUUUUGUGAUCGUUUGUGAGCUAGCUCGACAAGCUAACAACCAAGCUAACAGGCCUGAAGGCCAUCACUCUAUUGUCUACCCGUCAAACAGAAACCUCUCCUUUUUACACAGAGCAGCUAGUCUUACGCUUAAACGUGGUUUGUAAAAACAAAGUUGUCAGUCUGAGCAAAGCGCCUGUGAAGCUGUCAUCAGCAGGUUAAGUAAACAGAACAGGUUGUUGACCUUACUGAAGCUUUACAGCUACAAUCUGACAAUACAAGGAAGUCAACACUAACACAGACGAUCAGGAGUUUUGGAGCACUAUGUAUGCCCCGCCGGGAUCUGCUGCUCCUGGAGGCCGGAGGAGGAGAGGGGGGACCUCCGUGCCGAAGCAGCCGGAGCGGAGUCUGGUGUCGGCUCUGCCCGGAGCUCUGUCCAUCACGGCGCUCUGCACGGCUCUGGCGGAACCGGCCUGGCUCCGGGUUCACGGAGGCACCUGUCCAAGACAAGAGCUGGGAGUGGCAGAUGUGCUGGGGUACAUUGAUCCCAAGCUGUUGGACGAUUACUGUGUGAACCCGCAGACCAUCCUGCUCCUGAGGGUGAUCGCUGCCUUCUGCUUCCUGGGUAUCCUGUGCAGUCUGACUGCUUUCCUUUUGGAUGUGUUUGGACCCAAGCACCCUGCACUCAAGAUCACACGCAGAUAUGCAUUUGCACAUAUUUUAACAGUGUUACAGUGUGCCACGGUGAUAGGCUUCUGCUACUGGGCCUCAGAGCUCAUCCUGUCACUACAGCAGCAGCAUAAAAAGUACCACGGGUCUUUCAUAUACGUCACUUUUGCCAUCAGCUUCUAUCUGGUGGCAGGAGCAGGAGGAGCCUCCAUCCUUGCCACAGCUGCGAACCUCCUGCGCCAUUACCCCACUGAGGAGGAGGAGCAGGCUUUAGAGCUGCUCUCCGAGAUGGAAGACAGCAGUGAAACGUUUCCUGCUGAUUAUGACAUUGCUAAUCAGUUUCAGCCCCCGCCUGCCUACACGCCCUAAUGCCACAAGACUGACCUUGUUAACACACGCUUCUCUCUCUCAGCACGGCUAUUGGCUUGAUGAGCAAAACCCAAUCUUUAUCAAACGGAUAUCUUCGCAAAAUACCCUCCACAAUGAACACAGUGUGCACAGAUGGCGCAAAAACUUCUUUACUGAAAGAGCUUGGGUGCAUGAAAGCUUUCUUUAGUGGUGGCAGAAAUUUAGGAUUUGAUUCUUACUUUCACCACUAAAGUUGUUAGUGAUUUGCAUGUAAAUGGCUUUUAGGAUUUGGUUCUUACAUGUGAAGCAAAUUAAACUGUAAGAAGUGCUCAAUAUGGCUCAUAUGUAUUUGAUGAAGCAGCCACAGCUGGAUCAGUGCCAUUUAUUGAGGCUGGGCUGUCGGCACAUUGUCCGCGGUUGUAUUGCUCUUGGUUGGACGUGGAUAGGGCUUUGUUAAGCAUCAUUUUGAUGUCAUUUUUUUAAGCUUGUUGUGAAUGGUUUUAAUUUGACCCAAACAUCAGAAAUUCAGACAUACACUGAGAAGUUUCUUUUAGACAUUUCUUUUAUAUUAAAUCAAAUGAACCCUAUUAUUUAUUAUUUAGAUCUUUGUGCUGUGUAUUUCCUCCUUCCUUUUGCUUUUUAGACAUCAGUCACUGGUUUAGUCUUAUUUCAUCACAUCUAUACUUAAAUUAACACAAGCAAAAAAUUUUUGGGAACGGUGUAUGUGGUGUUUAAAAAAAGAUCAGCCUGGGACUGUGCUGCGUGUUGAGAGUGAGCCACUGAGAGAAAUGCAGAAACGUUUCUGUAUGUUUCACAAUGAGGACAUUUAGUAGCCCUUAAGCCUUGUUGCAAAAGUUGGUUUUGUCAAGUUUCUUGUAUUUGAUUUAUGAAAGAAACCUUAUUUGUACUUUGUGAUUACCAUGCGUGACAGUGUGAGUAUGUGUUUUCUAUGCAUGAGUUCUUUUGUGUGCGAAUUUUAAACCCUUCAGACAGAAACUCUUGAGAAAAUCUCCCACAAGGUUUCAGCUGAGGCUUAAAAAUUGUGAUGUGGUGACUCUAGUUGACUGUUUGUUGUUUAGUUUUCUCAAUUUCUGCGUUGUGUUCCUCAAGUUGUUGCUUUACUUUCAUCACCAGUAUGUAAAUAUUGAUUGUUUAUACAUAAAAGUGGUCAUAAUAAAAUAAAUGCCAUA